AUGAGCGCGGCCGGGCUGCUGGCCCCGGCCCCGGCCGGAGCGCCGCCUGCCCCGGAGUACUACCCGGAGGAGGAGGAGGAGUUGGAGAGCGCAGAGGACGACGAGCGUAGCUGCCGUGGCCGCGAGUCCGACGAAGAUACAGAGGAUGCUAGUGAAACUGACCUGGCAAAGCACGAUGAAGAAGAUUAUGUUGAAAUGAAGGAACAGAUGUAUCAGGACAAACUGGCAUCUCUCAAGAGGCAAUUACAGCAACUGCAGGAAGGUACAUUACAGGAAUAUCAGAAAAGGAUGAAAAAACUGGACCAGCAAUAUAAAGAAAGGAUACGAAAUGCAGAACUUUUCCUCCAGCUGGAAACGGAACAGGUGGAGAGGAAUUACAUUAAGGAGAAGAAGGCUGCUGUGAAGGAGUUUGAGGAUAAGAAGGUGGAGCUAAAGGAGAACCUGAUUGCCGAAUUGGAGGAGAAGAAGAAAAUGAUUGAAAAUGAAAAGCUAACCAUGGAACUGACAGGAGAUUCCAUGGAAGUGAAGCCCAUCAUGACAAGGAAAUUGAGGCGGAGGCCAAAUGAUCCAGUUCCAAUCCCAGAUAAGAGGCGGAAACCUGCCCCUGCCCAGCUAAACUAUUUAUUAACAGAUGAACAAAUCAUGGAGGACCUCAGGACGUUAAAUAAGCUUAAAUCACCCAAGAGACCAGCAUCUCCCUCUUCUCCAGAGCAUCUCCCUUCUACACCCGCAGAGUCUCCUGCCCAACGGUUUGAAGCUCGGAUAGAAGAUGGCAAACUCUACUAUGAUAAAAGAUGGUACCAUAAGAGCCAAGCUAUCUAUCUGGAGUCAAAAGAGAACACUAAGAUCAGCUGUGUGAUCAGCUCUGUUGGCGCCAAUGAGAUCUGGGUGCGGAAGACGAGUGACAGCACAAAGAUGAGGAUCUACCUGGGACAGCUUCAGCGUGGACUCUUUGUGAUCCGCCGACGCUCUGCUGCGUGACCCCACCUUCAGCCUUCCCUCCUGUACCCCCACUGCGGCUUGUCCUCGAGUGGCUUUUGUUUUUGUUUUUGUUUUUGUUUUUUAAGAGAAAUUAAAUUUACAGGGAAUAAUAGCAACUCCGCCUUGGAAACGGACAACACUGUGUUAUGAAUCCUGCAACCACUUUUGUGGCUGGCCACAUCUUCCUUUGAUUAGUUCUUGGCCCUUCCAUGCAACCACAACCCUUCAAUCUCUUCCUUAUUUCACCUUGAGAUUUUCUUACAUACAAUAGAGAGAAAGAGAGAGUAUGACUAUGUAUAUGUGUGUUUGUGCAAGUGCUU